GGUGAGAUCCGUCGAGGGUCGUCCCCCUAUGUGGGCGUGGUCUAACAGAAGGUACCGCCCCUUCCCCUUCCGGCCCGGCCCGGAAGUGUUCGCCGUCAGCUACACUUCGCUUUCCCUUCCUGCAGAAGGCAAGCUGUGACUUAAGGUCUCCAGAAUUUCUUUUGUUACCCUGGGCCAGACCUUGCACUCUUUCCGAACUCUCAGGAGGACGGCAGCCGCAUUGAGAACCUUCCCUGCGAACUUCAGAGGAAUUUCCAGUUGAUGCGUGAGUUAGACCAGAGGACAGAAGAUAAGAAAGCAGAGAUUGACAUCCUGGCUGCAGAGUACAUCUCCACAGUGAAGACUCUUUCUUCUGAUCAGCGAGUGGAGCACCUGCAGAAGAUUCAGAAUGCAUACAACAAGUGCAAAGAGUACAGUGAUGAUAAGGUGCAGCUGGCCAUGCAGACCUACGAGAUGGUGGACAAACACAUCCGAAGGCUUGAUGCUGACCUGGCACGAUUUGAGGCAGACCUGAAGGACAAGAUGGAUGGCAGUGACUUUGAAAGCACGGGAGGACGAGGACUGAAAAAAGGUCGGAGUCAGAAAGAAAAAAGAAGCUCCCGAGGUAGAGGCAGGAGGACCUCAGAAGAAGAUACUCCAAAGAAAAAGAAGCACAAAGGCGGGUCUGAGUUCACGGACACCAUCCUGUCUGUGCAUCCCUCUGACGUCCUGGACAUGCCUGUGGAUCCGAAUGAGCCUACAUACUGCCUCUGCCACCAGGUGUCCUAUGGGGAGAUGAUUGGCUGCGAUAAUCCAGAUUGUCCAAUUGAGUGGUUUCACUUCGCUUGUGUGGACCUCACCACGAAGCCCAAAGGAAAGUGGUUCUGUCCCAGGUGUGUUCAGGAAAAGAGGAAGAAGAAGUAAGGAAGAGGCUGUGUGCCCAGAUUGAAGAGCAAAUUAAUAUAUUCCUUCUUUUGUGUUGCAAUAUUUUCUUUAAUUUUAAAACUACCUUAUUUCGACUGCUACUUCAUAACUCAGUGGCCAGUUAUGAUUUUGGAUGUUUUCUAAAAUAAGAAACCACCACAUCCUGUUUUCACAGAUAAGAAACCUCUGAAGGAUUUGCCACAGCGAUUAUGUACAGACUCCCUAGCUCUUGCCAUGGCAGCCUUUAGGCCAGCCUGGGGCCAAGAGUGGGUAUUUUUAAACUCAGGCUGCCAGGCAAAGGACAUGGUGGAGACAUUUUAACCUGGCACAUCACCACUGUUUUGUGACCAAAAUCAGCCUUGAGUGUCCGCCUGCUGUUUUCUGGUAUAUGACACCAGGAAGGCUAUCUGCCGCUCUGUGAGCAUUGAUGCCCUGGAGCUUUGUUCUCAUCUUGACUCUGGCGGCAUGGACUCUUGAACAGGACACCUCUGAUGUGCCUGGGAGGGCGGGGCUUUCCCAGGAGGAGUUGCCUCUGCCUCAAGGUGCACAGCCUUUUAGCAAAGACUUGCUGUCCUCCUGGAGAUUCACCUUUCCGAGGAAACGGCUCUCCAUCAGCCUCGGCUGUUAGGUACCACAGUCAGCACUGCCAAGCAUCCUAACCACUGGGCUGAUGUCCGUUUCUCUGGAAAUUCCUGACACCUCUACUGUGAAGAUGAAAUUAUUGUAAUAGCAUGAAGCUCGUGCGUCUGUGUGUCUAUGAAGUGAGUCUGUCUACUACAAGCUGGUUUUAGAACUCUGUUUAUGUUGCAUACCACUAGACCCGUAGCUUACAACCAAGGGGAAUACAGUUAUGUGACUUGAUUUGUGAAUUCACGUACCCAAUAGUAGUUCUGGAAUGAAGGUAGAUAGAUAUACUUGUUUAAUAUGCAUUCACCAAAUCAAUGUUGAAUAGUCCUUUUGGUAAUAGUUGGAGAAAAUACAUACACAUCGCCUGUUGAGAUAUGUUUGUGGCCGUACCUUGUGUCGAGCCUCCAUAGACUCAGCCAUCCUCUAGCAUGUAUUCCGAGUCUGUGGGACCAACGGAAGCCAUCCUCACACAGGAAAAGAACUGAGAUGUAGAAUCCCAGCCUAAGGAGGGAGGGCUUCCUCUCUCUAUGGAGGGCCUUGGACUGACCUGCUGUUUCCAUCUGGUAGCCAGUUCCAAUAUGCUUUCCUUCCAUUGUCCAGCUCUUCACUGACACCAGGAAUGAAUGAGAAUGAGGAUAGCAGGGACACUGAGGUCAGGGUGGCAUGGGGGCUGAUAUUCUCUACGUUCUGUUCCUGGGUUGUCAGAACUGACAAGCCAGUGGAGUGGCCUGUGCGUGUGUCUACUGUAUGUGUUGGUUAGUGGUGCUGACCCUUCCCUGUGGCCUAUGAGGGCAGCCAGUGGCAACUGUUGCAGUAGCUCUUCCAUGUUGAGUCCCCAGGGCUUCCCUUAGAUGUGCAGAUGUUUUCCAGCAGCUCAGAAAGGAAAGGGCCCUGAGGUCAGGGCUGGAGGGUCCAUCUCAUUCUUAGCCAAGCAUGAAACUGAGAUACAUUUUUUUAGUUUAUAAGACCAUUUUGUUGACACAGAUAUUUCAAGAUUAGGGAAAAUAAGUGAGAAAAGGAUUUUUCUUUUUUCCUGGUGCUGAGAAACCCAUGAGAUCUUGUACAUACUUUAUUAUUAUUUUUAACAGAGUGUCCCUUUGUAGUAUAGGCUGGCCUCAAACUUACCACCCUCCUACCUCAGCCUCCUAAAGGCUUGCCCAGCUACUUUGUCAUUUUUAUAAGCACAAGAAGUUUGUGAUCAGACACUGCCUGAGGAGCUGAGUUAGAAUUGACUUCAUCCUGGGAUGUCUCUACCCUGUCAUCACUAAGUAGAAAUGUUAUCUGUUGGAAGAGGUGCCGGGAGGCUGGUUUGGUUUUGUCUUCCAGCUUCCUGAGGCCCAGCGGGGUUCCCUGGGCAGGCAGGGGUCUUCCCUAUUUCCCAUGUGGUGGUGCCAUGCUCGUGCCACUGUGGACUGAUACUGUAUUGGCUUUCCUUUCUCCAGUCACAAUAAUGUCAACCAAACAGUAUGCACAUACUUGAGAACAGGUUUGGGAAUUUGCCUAGCAAAUGAAGUGUGAAGCCUGUGCUUGACCCUAGCACCAAACAACAGAAAACAAGUUAAGAAAGUUCUCUGGAUGUCAUUUGGUGCCUGAUAGGAUGCCUGUCCUGACUGUCACUGCCCUCUGCAAGCAGGAAGCACUUUCCAGAAUGGCCACAGGUUGAAAAGAAUGUGACACUGCAGGGACAUUGGCGUCAUGCUGCUGGGCCCUUGGGCCUCGCUCCUUAAGGUCUGACCACCUGUGCUUACAAGGUGUUCAGGUUUAUGUGGGGCAGAUCCUCCACACCUGCCGAGCCAGACCUGCCCUGGAAGAGGUUGUGCGGCCACCUGCAUCUUGUGGACUGAGGGGAUCUGAGCUGAACCCCUCACAUCAUGUCACUCUGGCAGCUGCCUUCCCUGUGCCAAGGGUACGCAUCACCUGUGGUGAGGUUCACUGCAGUGCAGAAGUGUUUUCUUGAGAGGAAAAAAAAUCAAGUCAUUUUCCUCAUUUUCAGCAUUGCAUAGUCAGCAAUGGAGGGAUUUUUCUAAUUGUCUUGCAGGAAAAGCAGUAUGAUGUAUUAAAUAAAAAGCUUAUUAAACGGAGCCUCCAGAUCUGUGAAUGUGCUAGUGGAAUGUGCCGUGGACCAGGCAGGGAGCUGUUGCCUGGCCGUCCUGUCUAUCCUUCAGGUUGGAGCCUGUGUGGCGCAGGUGCAUGUAAGAGCAGCAUGAACCAGCCUACCGGCUGGCUGUCUUCCAGUCUGCAUGAAGAGCCAUGCUGGUGGGAAGGGUUGUGGGUAGCUAGGGCAGACCACCUGGCUCACUCCUGUCCACACAGCACCCAGCACUCUGCCUCCUCACUUGUCCCUGCAGCUCUUUGCAGGGCCUGCUUUGAGCAAUAACUGUCCAAAGAGCAGCUUCCUCCUGUGACCACAGAGCCAAGAGUCAGCCAUGGCUAGGGUUUGGAGGCUUGGUCUUCAUGGUUUGCAAUAAUGAGGAAUGUAUGAAAGAUUUAAGGCUUUCUUAGAUUUUUUUUAGCCAGCAGUGACUGUUCCUGUGGUGAGAGUUUAAAGCAAGGGAAGACUAAGAAGAGUAUUCUCUUUGAGAGUGUCUGGGAAGUGUCUCCUAGAUCUGUGCUUUGUGGUUUCCUUCACCACACUCCAUCCAAAAGGAUGAUAGAGCUUUAACAUGAAUGUCACAUCCUAUUUUCAAGGGAUUAUUACCUAUGUUCCCUUUGUACAGGAGAGAUGUUAAUGUAAAUCUUUUUAUUAAAUAAUGUAAAGUUGUUUACCUGUAUUUUUGGAUCAUGUUAUAGAUUAUGGGUAUAUUGUUUAAUAAAGUAUUUUUGGAAACAAA